AUGAGCAACGGCAGGCAUUUGGCUAAAGGCUCUCCCUCGCCGGAUGUGCCCGAGGAUGGAAUCCUGCGCCUCUACUCCAUGCGCUUCUGCCCGUUUGCCCAACGCGUUCACCUGGUACUGGACGCCAAGCAGAUUCCUUACCACAGCAUCUACAUCAAUCUCACAGAGAAGCCCGAGUGGCUGCUGGACAAGAAUCCGCAGGGCAAGGUGCCGGCUCUGGAAAUUGUGCGCGAGCCCGGGCCACCAGUGCUCACAGAGUCACUGCUGAUCUGCGAGUAUCUGGACGAACAGUAUCCAUUGCGUCCCCUCUAUCCGCGAGAUCCCCUUAAAAAGGUGCAGGAGAAGCUGCUGAUCGAGCGCUUCGGAGCGGUGCUGGGUGCAUUUUUUAGGGCUUCCGACGGCGGCGAACUGGAACCCUUCUGGAGCGGUCUGGACACCUACGAGCGGGAGCUGAGCCGCCGGGGCACAGACUAUUUUGGGGGCGAGCAGACGGGCAUUCUGGACUACAUGAUCUGGCCAUGGUGCGAGCGCCUGGAGCUGCUGAAGCUCCAGCGGGGCGAGGAGUACAACUACGAUGAGCAGCGCUUCCCGCAGCUGACGCUGUGGCUGGAGCGCAUGAAGCGGGAUCAGGCUGUGAUGGCCUUCUACAUGGAGGCCGAGGUGCAGGCGGAGUUUCUGCGCACGCGCAGCGCCGGCCAGCCCAACUACAAUCUUCUAGUGAAGGAGGCCUGAUGA